UCUAAAAAUGAUAAGAAUUUGGCUAAAUAUCUACUUGAACAUCCUGAUAAACUUGAUAAAAUAGUGGAGGUUUUAGUUAACACUAGCCCUAGAAUGCCAUUUGAAAUUAUGAAACGUCAGUGGGAGGGGAAUAAAAAAUGUGAUCUGACUUCAAGACUAAAAGAAAUUAAAGUUCCAACUUUAAUUGUUCAAGGUGAAACUAAUGAAGCAGUUCCCAUUCAGAAUGGUGAAUUACUUAAUCACGAAAUUCCUAAUUCACAGCUUCAUAGAAUUCCUAAUGUUGGACAUGG